UUCUUGUUUCGAAAUCCAGCUCCCAAUUUUGUUCUUCUGAAUUCUUAUUUCCGCACCUUCACAAUGCAAAAUUCCGCACUUGCAGGAAAGUCCGCGCUCGUCAUUGGCGGCACGAAUGGCAUUGGCCGUGGCAUGGCCGAGUGGCUGGCACAGCAGGGCGCCUCGGUGACGGUUGCCGGGCGGAGCGCCGAGCGGGGUCGCGAGGUUGUCGAGCAGAUGCAGCAAUCUCACUCGUCCAGCACGACUGCCGGCGCUGGGGCUGCAACGACCUCGGCUGGCUCGAGUGCUCCGACGUACGCGUUUGCUCCAAUCAAUGCACAGUCCAUUGCGGACGUGGGCAAGUUCUGCGCAGAGUACCUCAGAACGCACGACCGACUCGACUACCUGGUGCUCACUGCGGGCAUUGCGACCAUGCAAGGGCGAACCGAGACCGACGAGGGCAUCGACCAGAAGCUGGCCAUUCACUACUAUGGCCGCGUUGCUGCCAUCCAGGGUCUGUUGCCGCUGCUCGAGGGCACCGCCAAGCAGCCAAACGCCGACGUGCGUGUCCUCUCGGUGUUCUCGGCGGGCGUGCACUCGGCGUAUGCCAAUUACCGCACCGAUCCGGAAGUCCGCGAGUACUCGCUCCAGCACGCUGCCAACGCUGCUGGAUUUUACAACGACCUUGCGUUGGACGCGUUGUCGCGCGAACACCCGACGGUGACGUUCGCGCAUGCUGCGCCGGGCUUUGUCUCGACCGCCUGGGGCACCGAGCUCAACCCAAUUUUGCGCGGAGUUGUCCGAGCGAUUCAACUGUUUGCCAAGAGCCCAGAAAAGUGCGCCCAGCUGAUUGGUGCCGCGCUCAUCGCGCCAGAGCUCAAGGGCGGCUUCCACCUCGUCAACCCGAACGGCAAGCCCGCCAAGCGGACUCCUCAGCACGACGAAGCCCGUGACUUUGUUUGGCAGAACACCAAGGAGAUUCUUGCCAGAGCGUCAGCUGCUGGUAUUGCAGCGAAUGCCGCCAAGGGCAAGAAGUAAAAACGAAAAAAAGAAAAAAAAAAAAACAAAGAAAAAAAAAAGCUGUCGUUGAAGCUCACUGCGCGAGUCUUCCAUGGAUUGUUGAUAGCGAGAGGUGUUGUUGUUUUGAUUUUUAUGUGGCUUUUGGCAGGAUGCUUGGUACUUUGUGCUUUGCACAGGUGUUUUGUUGAUGUUUUUCGUUGUCGUUGAAUUUUGAUUUCGAUUCUCGUUCUUUAGCGGCUGCACAGUGUCCGAGAGUGUUCCACGAAGUGUUUUGUCACUUCAGACCAAGCAACAGCCUUAUGCGCCUUGUGUUGCCUCCAUCGCAUCGUG